UGGCAUUGGAAGUAGUUCCGGUGGUUUGGCUAGAGAGGAGAGAGCGGAGUAGGGAGACCCGGGAUCCUGUUGUUGAACGAGCAAAUCAGAAUAGCGGGUCAAGUCUCACAACCCAACGGACUCAACUGACCACAGCAUUGAUCUACCUGACGGUGUAACGAGUCAUGCACCGAAAGUGACAGCUCUAGAUUCAAGUUUAAAAGCCUCUUCCAAGAAGGAAUUUUUCAAGUGCAGUUGUGGAACCGCUGAACCUCCGUACAUUUUGAACCGGUUUGCAGCCAUCCACGGGGCUAGGCCCAAGCAGCAGCUACAUGAGGACGAUGUGAACAUGGGCCAGAGGACGCCUCCUUCAGACGCCAUGGGUUCCACGCACGCUCAGAGCCGUGGAGGGAUGGAACGACAUGGAGACGACUUCAGCAUUGGUCGCCGUGCAAACGCCAUCCAGUGAACUACCAGAGAGUCUCCUGCCCCCCCACCCCUGAACCCCCCCCCCCCCACCCCCCCCCCCAUCGCCGACCUCUGACCCUCCAACCUCUCCCACCAUGACCUCUGAACUGGAGAGCAGCCUAACCUCCAUGGACUGGCUCCCCCAGCUCAGCAUGCUGGCAGCCAUCCAGAAGUCAGACGGCGGGCAUCACCGCGGUGGGAACCACGGGCACCACCACCACCACGGCCACGGGCCUGGGCCGGGUAAGAAGGCCGGGCAGCUGGACCCGGGCACCACCCUGGACCAGGAGGAGGCGUCUCAGCACCGGGACGGCAAGCCGCCCUACAGCUACGCCAGCCUCAUCACCUUCGCCAUCAACGGCUCGCCACGCAAGAGGAUGACCCUGAGCGAGAUCUACCAGUGGAUCUGCGACAACUUCCCGUACUACAGAGAAGCUGGCAGCGGCUGGAAGAACUCAAUACGGCAUAAUCUGUCCUUGAACAAGUGUUUCCUUAAAGUGCCUCGCUCUAAAGACGACCCUGGAAAAGGCUCCUAUUGGGCCAUAGACACCAACCCUAAAGAGGACACACUGCCCACCAGGCCAAAGAAGAGGCCUCGCUCUGGAGAGAGGGCCACCACACCCUACAGUCUGGAGUCCGAGUCUUUAAGGAUGGACUGCAUCAUGGCAGGGGGAGCGUCGCCCACCCUGGCCAUCAACACUGUGACCAACAAGGUGGCGUUGUACAACACAGAGCAGGAGGGCAGCGACAGCCCCCGGAGCAGCCUAAACAACAGCCUGUCAGACCAGAGUCUGGCCUCUGUCAACCUCAACAGCGUGGGCAGCAGCAGCGUGCACAGCUACGCACCGGUCAGCAGUCACUCUGAGCCUUCGUCCCAGUCCCUGGUUCUCCAGGGUCCUCCUCCUCCUCCCUCCCAGUACGCGCUCCCAGACAGGGACAAGCAGCUCUGCUUCUCAGACUUCGAAGACCUCAGCGCCUCCUUCCGCAGUCUCUACAAAUCCGUCUUCGAGCAGGCCUUCAGUCAGACAGGGCUGAUGGGACAUCCCAGCGAGUCCAGCCAGCCUCCUCGGACCUCCUGCUCCUACCAGACCGCCUCCGGCAACGGCAUCUCCCACCCCCACCAGCACAACCACGCCCACAACCACCACGCCCACCACCUCUCCCCCCACCCGCACGGCCACGGUCAGCACGCGCCCCAUCCCCAGCAUGCCCAGCAGCACCACUCCAGCCACGGGCAGCAGCGCCAGGGUCUGACCCUGCAGAGUCACGCCGGACAGCCUCAGCAGAUGCCCUGCUCCAGCUCGGACUGGUACCCCAACCUGGACUGGCUGAAGGAGAGUUGUCGGAUUGCUAGCAGCUACAACUGGGCUGAUGUAGAUCUCUCCCCGUUCCAAGGUCUGAAGGAGAACAUGAGGCAGGCAGAGCUGAAUAACUGGUCCCUGGACCCGGGCCAGAUGGCUGACCUGUGUUCCUCCAUCAACCACUUCUUCAGCGCUACAGGGGUCAUCCCUCCACAGGGGGCAGCGCAGCCCUCUCACCAGGCCCCACAUCAGCCCCCUCCUGCCCCACACCCCCGCCAGCACAUCUCCACAGGGAAUCUGUACAUAGACUCCAGACCCAACAUGUCUUCUCUGAUGGGACCCCCAGGGUACCCCCACAUACCCCCCCUGAGCGCCACAGGCCCCCCCAUGACAGGCCACGCCCACAUGCAGAUGCGGCAGCAGCACAUGAUGUCACGGGGCCACUUCCAGAUGCGUCUGCCCACCGACGACAUCCAGGACGACUUCGACUGGGACUCCAUCGUCUAGCUCCGCCCCCAGAGAGAGAGAGAGAGAGAGAG